AAGGAAACCAAGGGCGAUAACUCAAACCUUUUCACUCUUAAAUGACAUGCUUUUUUGCGACUAAAACUCAGAGGAGAGAGAUGGGUUUACCCAGUAGAAGCGUACAAGACAGAUCUUAUAAGGUGUUGCACUUGAGUGGCCAGCUAAGACAUAAACCGUUACAAACAAGAUAUCAGGUAUAUGUAGCUGAAUACACAACAGGCAACUUCCUUACAAUUUUAUCCCUCCAAGAUCGUUGAUUUUUCAACAUUAUCGUAGCCGAACCCCUGCUCAGCUCGGCUUCAGCGGCUUCACAUAUUAAACCUUCUUACAAAGAAGUCACACAUGGCAAACAAACCGAGUGCACAAAAAAUAACAA